AUGCUCCACUACAGUACCCUGGUGGCCCUCAGCGUGUGUGCCUUGCUUGCCGCAGCCCAAGAUUGGGGAGGAAUGGGCGGUGGUGGAGACAUGGGAGGUGGUGAUAUGGGAGGAAUGGGAGGAGGAGACAUGGGCGGCGGUGACAUGGGAUAUGGAGGAGGUAUGGGAGGAGGAGAUAUGAAUGGAGGCGAUAUGGGAGGCUAUGGAGGAGGUGAGUUUGCCAGAUCACACCUUAUCCUAAAAUCUCAUUUUCUUAGGCUACGGAGCAGGCGGCGGCCCCAUGCCCGGCAACUACGGAGGAUUCCCACAGGGCGGACCAGGAUAUAACCAACAGCAGUAA